GAAAAUUUGGGUGGAAGGCAAAGAAAGAAGGGAGAGGAGAGGGAGAGGAGAGAGUAGAAGAGGAUAAUGCAACCCAACCCAACUCAACUGCCUCUCAAACUGCUGCUGUAGAAGUAGAAGGGAGGCGGCGCCGUGUGCAUCGCCUCCUCAACUCAUCAUCAUCAAUCGAAAAAGAAAAAAGAUCUCUUCUUGACCGCCUUGCUGGGGUGGGUUGACGCCCACACAGAUCUCAAGCUCUCAUCUCAUCUCACCGGGGCAGGGGAUGGACUCCAAUCCGCCGUCGCCGCCGCCGCCGCAAGCAGGAGACGGCGGCGGCGGCGAGAAGCAGCAGCUGGCUUUCGAGGCGCCGCCGCAGCCGGUGAGGGAGGAGUACGUGCAGAACGCCGUCAAGUUCCUCUCCCACCCCAAGGUCAGGGGCUCCGCCGUCGUCUACCGCCGCUCCUUCCUCCAGAACAAGGGCCUCACCGCCGACGAGAUCGACGAGGCCUUCCGACGAGUCCCCGAUCCGCCGCCCACCACCGCGUCCCCUCCCACCCAGACCCAGACCCAGGCCCCCGCCGCAGCCGCGCCUCCGCAAGCGUACGCGCAGCCAGCGGCGGGGCCUAUCGUCGUCGCCGCGCCGCAGCCCAGGCUCACCUGGUACCGCGCCUUCGUCGCCGCCGGGCUGCUGCUCGGCUUCGGAGCCAGCGCCGCCGUCUUUGUCAAGAAGCUGCUCCUUCCUAGGCUCAAGUCAUGGAUCCGCAGGGUCGUCGCUGAGGGCGAUGAGGCCACCGAGCUCAAGGCCAAGAUCGACGAGGAGACCAGGGAGGCCGUCAAGGCCUCCGCGACGGCCGUUUCCGCCAUCGCCCAGACCAACCAGGAGUUGCUCGCUUCAAAGGACGAAGAAAAGAAGAUACUUGUGACUUUGACGCAGGCCCUGGAUUCCCAAGCAAAGGUGUUGAAAUCGCUGAGCGAGUCGUUGAGCCAUAGCAGGGACUCCGUAAAUAUUACAAGGGAGGACAGGUUUUCGCACUACCGGCCAUUGGAGGAGCAUGCCCCCUCUGCCGCGAGGAAUGGGCCUGUUAACACUCCAUGGAGACCUCCUCAGCAACCUAAUAUGUAUGGUGCCCCAAACAGUGACUUCGGCUCAGGGAGGCCUUCGUUCGCGCCAGCACCUACUGAACCUACCUCUGGAUCAUAUUCAAGAUCGUAUGUCGAGCAGACAGUACAGCGAGGGGAUAAUAGGUCUUCUGGGACCAAGACGCAGCAGGCAUUGGAGAUGCUGCAACACGCAGAGCAAAAGCUUGCUUAUAGAUCCAACGCCUACUUGAGCGAGGAUGGAUCGUACCCUCAAGCUCAGGACAACUAUGCCCCCUCGUACCACCAGAACGGGAAGGCCCCUGAUUUCCACGCAGAGGAGCCGAGGCCGCUGGCGUACGGCGGCGGUGUUGUGGAAAGGCCGCCGCCUCAGCGCCAGUGGGUCCCCCCUCAGCCCCCGGGUGUCGCCAUGCCGGAAGCGGCGGCCGCCAUCCGUCAACAGAAGUCCCUUACAAAGCAAUCUUCAAGCGACACGUCCGAGGCUGCUGGUGAGGUGCAGGUGAACGGCGCCGCGAGCUCGCCUUCCGUCGCCGCCGUUGAGGUGCCGGUUAAUGGGAGUGCCGCGAGUGAUGCUGGACGCAGCGAGAUCGAAGAGCAGCAGGCGGAAGCCGUCUAAACAACAGUUGCGCCAUCCGACACACAAUCUAAAAGUCCUAAGCCAGAGCCUGGUACAUAUGGCAGUUUGUCAUAAGUUUGUGACGAGUGUUUGGAUUGUGGCUAGUGAUGGAAUAAAAGAAUAAGUCAGACUUAAAAUCUAGCUAUAUGUGAUUGUGAAUUUAGAUUAUGUACACUAUCUGCUGUACACUGAAAAACAAGAAAAGAUUGUUAUGGUUGUGAGCUAUAAUGCAUUCUUGUCUUGUUGAUGA